AUGGGUGCCAGCAGAGCAGACAAAGCCCUCUACUUUGAGAAGCUCAAGGAACUCCUCGCCAAGUACCCCUCCAUCUUCCUGGUCAAUGUCGACAAUGUCGGUUCUAACCAGAUGCAUCAAAUCCGUGUCUCCCUCCGUGGUAAGGGUGUCGUCCUGAUGGGCAAGAACACCAUGGUCCGCCGUGCUCUACGCACGAUCCUCUCCGAGAACCCCCAAUUCGAGCGUCUCCUUCCCUAUAUCAGAGGCAACAUCGGCUUCGUAUUCACCGACAAGGACCUCAAGGAGGUCCGCGACCUGAUCACCGCUAACAAGGUCGCUGCCCCAGCCCGUGCUGGUGCCCUCGCACCCAAGGACGUCACCGUCCCAGCCAGCAACACCGGUAUGGAGCCCGGCAAGACCUCCUUCUUCCAGGCUCUCGGUAUCCCCACCAAGAUUGCUCGUGGUACCAUUGAAAUCGUGUCCGACGUCAAGGUCGUCAUUGCUGGUACCCGUGUUGGUCCCUCCGAGGCCACCCUCCUGAACAUGCUCAACAUCUCGCCAUUCACUUACGGUAUGACUGUUGUGCAAAUCUUCGACCAGGGCAACAUCUUCUCCCCCGAUGUCCUCGACAUCGACGAGCAGGAGCUCAUCGACCGGUUCUUGUCGGGCAUCAAGACCAUUGCCGCCAUUUCGUUGGCCCUCAACUACCCCACUAUCGUCUCAGUCACGCACUCCCUCGUCAACGCCUACAAGAAUCUCCUCGCUAUCUCGCUUGCUACCGAAUACACCUUUGAGGGCGCUGAUAAGAUCAAGGAAUACCUCGCCAACCCAGAGGCCUUCGCUGUUGCCGCUCCUGUCACCGAGGCCGCCCCCGCUGCUGCUGCCGCAGUCGAGGAAAAGGAGGAAGAGAAGGAGGAGUCAGACGACGACAUGGGCUUCGGAUUGUUCGAUUAA